UUGAGACUAGAGCCUAAAUAUAAAAUCAGGCUGACUGGUUGCGAAGUUGAAACCCUAACAGAGGGAGAAUAAACAUGGCGGGUGACAACCCAAAAUCAUCCUCCGAACGCAAAUCUCGCUGGCAAUCCUCCUCUUCGGCCGCCACCCCCACCACCACAACCACUGCCAACGCCGCCGCAAACCCUCCCUCAGGAACCCCUUCCAAAUCCUCGAAUAAACCAUCCACCACCAACACCACCACCGCACCAAGAUCGUCUUCUGAUAAACCCACCACCAAACGCGUCCCUAACCCAAGCCCAUCUUCUCACCCACCAUCCCAAUUCUCCGAGCCAUCGGUACGCCCUUCUUCUCUCGGCCCACCGCCCCCUCCGCCACCUCCGAUAUAUGGGUUUCACAUGCUUGAUCGCCGCACUAUUAUCCUUGCCGAUGGAAGUGUCCGAUCCUACUUCGCUUUGCCCCCUGAUUACCAAGAUUUCAACCCUCCCCCUCGACCCCCAAUGGGGCGCUUUGGGCCGCCUCAUGAGCCAGGCCGGCUCCCCCCGGUUGGGCCGAUGAGUCCUGAUGGUUUUCACGGUAGGGAGGAUCAUCCGUUUGGGUCUAAUUCAAUGUCUAUGAAGAGGAAGUUUGGGUUUGGUGAGGAGAGAGAUAGAGAUAGAGAUGGGGAUGAGUUUGCUAGGCAGAAGCAACAGCUUUUGCAGUAUGGCAAUGCAGGUGCGAACUUGGGAUCGGGUACUAGUAGUCCCUUCAGGCGGGACGACGAGUAUCGAAAUUCUAAACACAUGAGGGUUGGUGCUGGUGCUAAUGUUGGUGGCAGUAGUAAUAAUAUUAAUUCGAGGCAGGAUGUUCGAAUUGAUCCUGCUGUCAUGAAGGCAUAUCUUCAUUUAGUUAAGCUAAUUUAUGAGGAUCCUAAACAGAGAAAGAACUACUUAGAGAAUGGCAAGCAUCUUCAGUGCCUCGUCUGUGGCAGGUCUUCAAAAGAUUUUCCAGAUGUACAUGCUCUUAUUAUGCAUGCUUACAACUCAGAUAAUGCUGAUUUGCGUGUGGAUCACCUGGGCUUGCAUAAAGCCCUUUGCGCCAUAAUGGGGUGGAGUUUUAUGAGGCCUCCUGAUUCCUCCAGGGCGUAUCAACAUAUGCCUGCUGAAGAAGCGGCUGCAUACCAGGAUGACUUGGUCAUGUGGCCACCCAUGGUGAUUAUUAAUAACACAAAUACCGGCAAGGGUAAAGAUGGCCGCAUGGAAGGUUUGGGAAAUAAGGCAAUGGAUAGUAAACUUAGAGAUCUCGGAUUCUCAGGGGGCAAGUCGAAGUCUUUGUACAGUAGAGAAGGCCAUCUUGGCAUUACGCUUAUUAAGUUUUCUAGUGACCUAUCAGGCCUGAAGGAGGCCAUGCGAUUGGCUGAUCACUUUGAGAAGGAUCACCAUGGGCGUAGAGAUUGGGCCCAUGUACAAUCGACUGCUACUGAGAAGAAUGAAGAGAGCAAUCCAAAUCUUGUGAUGGUGGAUCAGAGGACAGGUGAAAGGAGGAGAAUACUUUAUGGAUAUCUUGCAACUGUCUCUGACCUAGACAAAGUGGAUUUUGAAACACGAAAGAAGGUGGUCAUUGAAAGCAAGUUUGAGAAACUCCAACUAUCCAAGUGAUUUUAUUGCUUUGUGUCUGCUCUGGUUAAUGAGAUGAAGCAGGUGUCAAGUCUUCGGAAGCAGCAUCUAUUUACAUCGUCAAUGUCACAGUAACAGGUGAGGCGCGUCUUAGGUGGCCGUUGAUGAUGUCUAACUUGCAAUUUGUGAUGAAUGCGGUAAUCCUUGUUAACGAGGAUGAUUAAUCUUCUUGAUCAACUUGACGUUCUCAUGAUUAUGUGGGAACGAGGGAUUGGUCUCCUUGUUCCCCUUUGUUGUUUUUAGUUAAUGCAAAAUCCCUAAAGGGUAUUAUUAGAUCACUGACCUCUGCUGUUCUUGUAUGUUGAUUGGAAAUUAUAAAAUAGAAUGAAAAUUAGGCGUCAAUUUUACUUAUAAAA